AUGGGCGCAAACGAGAUGGAGGAAGAAAGAGGAAGAGAGAGACAGGAGGGAGGGAGAGCAGCGACGGCAAGGCAGGUAUCAGUGUACACGAGGACAGGGGACAAGGGCAAGUCGAGUCUCUACAACGGCGAGCGAAGACGCAAGGACGACAAGAUCUUCCAUGCGCUGGGAGACAUCGAUGAGCUGAACUCGGCGGUGGGAAUCGGGAAGGAGAUGAUAAUCAAGGAGAAGGUUGAGGACGACAUUCUGCUUGCUCGCCUGGAAGACAUCCAAUGUCGCCUGCUAGACCUUGGAGCUCACAUCGCCACGCCGACGAGCGAAAAGACGGCUGAGAAGGUGAAGAGGAUGAAGGUAGAAGACGUCUGGGUGGAUGAUCUCGAGCUUUGGAUCGACGAGAUGGACAAGGAGCUCCCGCCCCUCAAGAACUUCAUCCUCCCCUCCGGGGGGCUUGCAAGUGCAACGCUACACAACGCGAGGACUGUCUGCAGGCGGGCUGAGAGGAACGUCGUGGCGCUGCAGCAGGACGAGCAAGCAGUCAUCGACGCGUCGGCCGUGCGCUACCUGAACCGACUCUCCGACUUUCUCUUCGUCUCUGCUCGUCGCUGCGCCAAGUUAGCGGGGAAGCCCGAAGCCUUGUACCAGAGCGGCCAUGGCCUCAAGACGCGCUCGCACUGAUACGUCAGGUUCACUCACGUCACGGACCCAACGCGCUACUUCGAGCAAGUGCCCUCCUCCCUUCCUCCGCGCUAUCCCUGAGCGUUCAAGCCCCGCCUGUUCCAGGCCAUCUCCACUCCUUCCCUUCUUCCUUGUGAGUGUACCUCUCCUCCCACACGCCCUUCUCCUUGCUCGUUAUCAUGAUGAUAUGUACAUGGAAACUCUCGUCCUUGUCGAGGCGAAUUACUUUCGCCGGAACCCAUUCCACCUCUUCAGUUUCAGGGUCCUGCACCUCAACCUCGAUGAUAGCCCCGAGCUUGAUCUCUCUGUCGAAGAUCUCGGGGAUCUUGUACAUGCCCGUGCUGCUGUCAACGCCCGCGUUCUCCUUGAUCCGCUUCAAGUCCGACUGUCUUUCUUGCGCUUCGCUCAGAGCAGCCUUGCCGUCAGCACUCUGAAGUUUCUCGACGAAGCGAUCGAAGUAGAGGUCGAAGGGCAGGGUGAGGGGGUACCGCACCCACAUCUCCUCGUGAGUCCCAAACAGCAGCACGAGGCUCUUGCCCACGUUUCUCCUCGCGAUCUCUUCAGGAACGAAGCAAACUUCUGCUGGCCAUGGCUGUGACCAGUGCGAAUCCAUCUUCACCCAGACCAGAUUUCCGCUCCUCCUCGCGUUGCUGGAAGAUACGAUAGCAUUUGCAUCCUCGUCCUCGUUGUCGACAGCGUCUUCAAAGUUAUACCCGGCGUCCAACAUGUAAACGAUAGAAGCUACUCCCGAGGUAGUCAUGGCAAAUUCGU